AUGAGCACCAAUGGUACAGCGACUUCUGCAACGUACAACUGUCCAGUCGGGUACCAGGUGAAAGGUUCCCCCAUACUGACGUGUGGGUCGGACGGCACGUGGGAUUAUGGCCCUUCUGAUUGUGUAUGUGUGGAUCCACCGGUCCCCACAGGCGGUAACUUCACCCUCUCCUCUGACGGCCUCUCUGUGACGUUUACGUGUGAAGGCGGCUACACCAUGAUGGGGACACAGACUAUUUCCUGUGAUACGGACGGUGGCGGCUGGGCCAUAAACCAUCCCACCUGCAUCAAGUGCGAGGACCUUACCAAACCUGCGUCCGGUGACGUCACACUGAUAACGGACGGAGCGCAAACCACCGCUGUUUACACGUGCAGUGUGGGUUCGAGUCUGGACGGCGACUCCCAACCCUCGUGCACGGAAGACGGAACGUGGACGGCGCAGAGUCCAUCAUGUGUGACCUGCCCCGAUUUACCCACUAUUUCCACCAAUACCGCGUAUAUAAAUUUGACCACUGACGGCCUAUCGACCACGGCGACGUAUUUCUGUCCGGACGGUUACGUUGUAAGUGGGGAGACAACGUUGACGUGUGGAACUGACGGUGCUUGGAGCGCGGGAAUGUCAGAUUGUCUAUGUGACGAACCUCUUGGUCCUGCCAAUGGGUCCGUGUGGGCAAACGGAAGUCACGCAGAAUUCGAGUGUGAGGCCGGAUACAACCUGUUAGGGUCACCGAUAGCAACGUGCCAGAAGGAUGAGUCGGGAUGGAGUAGCCCGUCCCCUGAGUGCAAAUCGUGUAGUACAGUCCCCACUAUAACGGAUGGUAUGGUGACUGUAUCCACGGACGGUCUAAUAUCGAGCGCCGAGUACGCCUGUGGUGUCGGCCACACGAUGACGGGGACGUCAAUUUUGACGUGCGAUACAUCGGGUGUAUGGAGCGGUAGCUCGCCGUUCUGUGUGAAAUGUGACGAUCUAGUAACACUUCAAAGUGGACACGCCAUUCAGGAGACGAACGGACAGAUCACGACAGUUAUGUAUUCUUGCGCGGAGGGUUAUUAUAUGACCGGGGACAAUACCUCGGUCUGUCAGUCGGGCGGUAUAUGGACUAACCCUACACCGAUUUGCAGUUGCCAGUCGGCAGAGGCACCGGCGAACGGCUACAUCAAGUCAGACGACGGGACGGAAGUGACAUACGGGUGUGACGUUAACUACACGUUAACGGGAUACUCAGUUAGGAUGUGCUCUGAUAAUGGAACCGGUUGGAUGGGCACGGAACCGGUUUGUGCACAGUGCGUUCAACUUAUAGACCUUACAGACGGGUAUUUCACACUAUCCACGGACGGCCUGCAGACGUACGCCGACUAUUUCUGUGACGUCGGGUACACCAUCAGCGGGGCAGUGGUCAGUUACUGUCAGGAGAAUGGACAAUGGAGCUCUGUCGCCCCCACAUGCGUCCAAUGCCCGGACCUCGAGGUCCCAGCGAGCGGUAAUUUUACGCUAUCCACGGACGGUAAGACCACCCGGGCCUCAUUCACGUGUGUCGAUGGGUACGACCUUGUUGGGAACUCCACCAGCACGUGCCGGAAGGACAGGAACUGGAUAGACGACGUCCCUACCUGUGCUUGCACAACACCUGCUGCCCUGGAGAACGGCGCGGUUAACGCGGCCGGACAGACGAUCACCUACACAUGUGACGUAGGCUACACUAUGACCGGAAACGAUAGCGGAAUCUGCGGAAGUGACGGGUCGGGGUGGAGCGUAGUGACACCGUCUUGUGUUCAAUGCACACCUCUUACCAACCUAACGUCCGGGUCAAUAUCAUACACCAGCGAUGGUCAGACCACGGUGGCCACUUUCUCCUGUGACGCGGGGUCAACUUUGUCCGGAUUGACCACAUUCAGCUGUGAUACAAGUGGCGCCUGGGAGUUCGAAGAACCCGAGUGUGUGAGCUGCCCCGCGCUGCCAGCCCUCUCAGUAAGCACGGGUAAUGUGACUGUUACCUCUGACGGCGAAGUGACAACGGCGACGUACCAGUGUCCUGAUGGCUACGUUUUGAGAGGGGACACAAACCUGACGUGUGGAGCGGACGGUGUAUGGAACACAGAGCCGUCGGAUUGUGUUUGUGAACCACCCACAAUUGUGGAAGGCUUGACGGUAAAGUUUUUAUGUGACGCCGGCUACACUAUGGUUGGGACGUCAGAGAUCGCAUGUGACGCGGAUGGAGCUGGGUGGGAGUUUGUUUAUCCAAACUGCACCAAGUGCGAAAGCGCACCCGCGGUCUCGUCCGGAAGCGUAGAGCUGUCGACGGACGGCACCCAAACAAGCGCCCAGUUCUUAUGCGGUGUCGGAUUCUCGUUGUCCGGGGGUUAUACUCCAGUCUGUCAGGAGGACGGAACAUGGACCACUUCCGGAACAACGCCUGCUUGUGUAUUAUGUGGCACGCUGACGGACAUAUCGGUAUCUACUGGUAAGGUGACUCUCAGUACCAACGGCUCUCAGUCAGUAGCCACGUACAACUGUCCUGACGGGUACAAGGUCAAGGGCGCCUCCAUCCUGACUUGUGGACCGGAUGGUACAUGGGACGCGGAGCCUUCCGAUUGUGGUAAACGUUGUUCAAGUUCAGCCAUGGGCUGUUUUGUCGAUGUUUCAGUAAUAUCGAAGAAAGUGAAUCAGCUACAUUGA